GAUGAUGCAGCAGAUGCCCAAGUAGACGGGGGCUAGGCCUAAUGGCAGAACUGCUGCCCGAGGUCCGCCAGUGUGGGCGGGCAGCCUGGAGGAAGAGGAGUUCAGCUGAAGGUAUGAGCAAAUAAGCGCCAGGUGGUCCGCGGUACGUGGCACUUCAGUGCCACCAACGUUUUGAGUAAGCUGUGGCUUUGGGCCAUGUAGGUGUCGAAAUUGGGUUCCCAAGACAGGAGGCUUUGAAUCAAGGUAGCCACCCAGAAAUAGCAAACCCUCCCGUUGAUGUGCACACAAGCUGGCGGGGCGGGGGCAACUCAGCGGUCUGGGUGGGAAGAGAUGGGGAGGGGGCAGUUGGAACCUCCCAGGCCCCUCUUCCUCUCCUUCCUCCCUCGGGCUAGGACCUGCCCAGCUCUGCCUCCCUCUUGGCCUGGGCCCCGCAGCCCUGACUCUGUCCCUGGGUGGAUUGGCCCGUGUGGAAACUGGGACAGGGUUGCCACAUCCCUGCCUGGAGCCCUGAAACGGGCUGGGCUUCUCCUCCGUCCCACUCUGUUCCCUGUGGCUCCUGCCCUUUCGUUGGGGUACUGAUCAAUCAGCCCUCCCCCCCAGCUUUCACGAACGUUUGGUUUUUAAACUAAAAACUCGGAUGUAAUGUGACCCCUAACAGUAUGUUAGGUCUGAGGAGAAGGCGCCGACACCUGGAAGGAGAGGUGGGGAAGGGCAAAACUGAGGUCAAGGGCCCUUGUCUGGGAAAAGUGGGUGAGCCCAGCCCUCCAGCCCGUUCCCAGAAUCACUCUUCAAACGAGCAGGGCAGGGGGAGAGAGGGCGCGGCCCUUGGCACAGCGGUAGGCCAGUCAAGAGUCACCUGUGGUGGGACGGCGUUGGCUGCCCGGAGUGGAACCUCGUGUGUGAGGACGGCUGGAAGGUGCCUCUGGAGCAGAUGAGCCACCUCCUGGGCUGGCUGCUGGGCUGUGUCCUCCUGGGUGCAGGCUGUGACUGGUUUGGACGUCGGGCUGUGUUUGUGGCCUCCCUAGUGCUGGCCACGGGCCUGGGGGCCAGUGAGGCCCUGGCGGCCAGCUUUCCUGCCCUGCUGGCUCUGAGGCUGCUUCAUGGGGGGGCCUUGGCAGGCUUUUCCCUGGCCCUCUACGUGGCUCGCCUGGAGCUGUGCGACCCCCCCCACCGCCUGGUGUUCUCCGUGGCGGCUGGCCUCUUCUCGGUGCUGGGCACCCUCCUGCUGCCCGGCCUGGCCCUGCUCGCGCAGGACUGGCGCCUUCUGCAGGGGCUGAGCGCCCUGGUCACGGGGCUUUUGCUGCUCUUUUGGGGGUUCCCAUCCCUGUUUCCCGAGUCUCCCCGCUGGCUGCUGGCCACGGGACAGCCAGCCCGAGCCAGGAAGAUCCUGUGGCACUUUGCAGAAGCUGGGGGCGCAGACCCCGAGGACAGCUCAGAGGAAGAGAGCUCCCUGGCUACGGCCACAGAACUGGACAUGCUGGGUGCAGGAAGCCCCCAGCCCCGGUACCACUCCAUCCUGGAGCUCCGGCACACCUGCAUCGCCUGGAGAAAUGGACUCAUCCUGGGCUUCAGUUCGCUGAUCUGCGGGGGCAUCAGAGCCAGCUUCCUCCGCAGCCUGACCCCGAGUGAGCCCGCCUUCUACCAGCCCUACUUUCUGGGCGCUGGCCUGGAGGCCAUAGCCACUGUGUUCCUGCUGCUGACGGGGGACCGCUGGGGACGACGCCCAGUCCUCUUGCUGGGCACCCUGGUCAUGGGCCUGGCGUCCCUGCUGCUUCUUGCCGGGACCCAGUACCUGCCAGAAUGGACCAUGUGGUCACUCUCUGUCCUGGGCCUCCUGGCCUCCCAGGCCGUGUCUGCUCUCAGCAGCCUCUUUGCGGCAGAGGUAUUGCCCACAGUGACCAGGGGCGCCGGCCUGGGCCUCGUGCUGGGGGCCGGCUUUCUGGGCCAGGCGGCCGCCCCCCUGGCCGACCUGCACGGCCGGCGCGGCUUCUUCCUGCACCACGUGGUCUUCGCCUCCUUCGCCAUCCUGGCCCUGCUGUGCGUCCUGCUGCUGCCGGAGAGCCGGGGCCGCGGGCUGCCCGCGUCGGUGCAGGACGCCGACCGCCUGUGCCGGUCCCCCCUCCGCGGGGGCCGCCCCGGCCCGGACCACCUGCCGCUGCUGCCGCCCACCCCCCGUCCGCAGUAGCGGUGCCAGGAGAGCUGGCCGCAGCUCCCUCGGGUGGCCGCGGGCCGGUGCGGCGGGGCUGCGGGCGGAGCCGUCCCUACCCCCACCACCCCCGCUAGGCCCCCGCUCCUCGCCUCCCCGCCCCCCAGGAUAAAGGCAUCCAUGGAACUUGGCGUC